ACCGCCCCUUUACCUUCUCCACCCAGGAGCGGGGAGAUCAUCAGAAAAGCCCUUUCCGAGGAAAAGCAGGUCUCAACGAAGACAUCAGCUGCGGAUCUUGUGACAGAAACGGACCACCUUGUGGAAGAUUUAAUUAUUUCCGAGCUGCAGAAGAGGUUUCCUUCACACAGGUUCAUUGCAGAAGAGGCUGCAGCUGCAGGAGCCAAGUGUGUGCUCACCCCCAGCCCCACCUGGAUUGUCGACCCCAUCGACGGCACCUGCAACUUUGUGCACAGAUUUCCAACCGUGGCAGUAAGCAUUGGAUUUGCUGUGAACCAGGAGCUUGAAUUUGGAGUGAUUUACCACUGCACAGAGGAGCGGCUGUACACAGGCCAGAGAGGCCGGGGUGCCUUCUGCAAUGGCCAGCGGCUGCAGGUCUCCGGGGAGACAGAUCUUUCAAAGGCCUUGGUUCUAACAGAAAUCGGUCCCAAACGUGACCCUGCUACUCUGAAAUUGUUCCUGAGCAACAUGGAGAGGUUACUCCACGCCAAAGCUCAUGGGGUCCGAGUGAUCGGGAGCUCCACCUUGGCGCUCUGCCACCUGGCCUCAGGAGCUGCGGACGCCUACUACCAGUUUGGCCUGCACUGCUGGGACAUGGCUGCUGCUACCGUCAUCAUCAGAGAAGCAGGCGGCAUCGUGAUGGACACCUCAGGCGGACCUCUCGACCUCAUGUCUUGCAGAGUGGUUGCUGCAGGCACCCGAGAAAUGGCGACACUCAUAGCUCAGGCCUUACAAACAAUUAACUACGGACGGGAUGAUGAGAAGUGAAAGGGCGCCGAGGACAGAGAAAUGCGACCCCAGGGCUGGUUCUUCCUGGGAAUGCUGAAGCUGGCAGCCAAUCCCUGGGGAGGAAGCCACCUUGAGCAGCCUGCACUCGACUCAAAUUCUGCGUCCCUAACCACCCCAGAGGGAGGUGUUCUGCUAACGUGGCUCUGUGGUUAAAUCCACGCCUUUCACCAGGAUUUGGUGUUUAACUGGUUUCUUUCUUUAAUCUCAUAUAACCUUUUUCAGGUUAGUACAGGUUCUUCUAUCAGGGCCAAAACCCAAAUCUCAUGAUGUACCUAUUGAUAAUUCAGUCUCGAUUUUUUUUUUUCCAGAAUGCAAAUCUCAGGUAAUACGGCUUUAGAACUGCUGAUAAAGCGGACUUGUUCUCAGGCCCUCCCCCAUGGUACUUCAGAAGGCAAUAAAUCAAAAUAAUGGCACUCAG